AUGUGGUCACUACAGGUGUAUACCCGCAAGAAGCGGGCCGGCCAGAGGCUCAACCUAACCCCGACGCUGGACCUAGGCCCCACCGCGAAAGUAGAGCCCCCCCCAGGUCCAGGCAGAAGGCACUCUGCGCACCGCUUGAAAGGGAAAGCACAUCGUUUGCAGAAGAUCUCAGAGAAAGCAGAGUGCAGUGGGCAGGGAGUUAGCGGUUCUAGGCCACUGAGCGGUCAGUUAAGAGUUACAGGACAGAAAAGCCUGCAAGAAAAUAGCACUAAUGAAGAGCCCCCGGAUGAGAAAGUUGCUCCAUUGAGUGAAUCAGUGACUGAUGACCUCCAGGUUGACUGUAGUUCAUCCAAUAGUGAGCUAGUAUCAGGACUAACUUUGCAGCAUGGUAUUUCUAGUUCUCUUCUGAGCUAUUCAUUCACAGACUCUUGCACAGAACACAAGAGUUUUGGAGAGAGUUUAAGCAGUUUCUCAUCGCCUGAACUCUUCAGAGGAUCAGAUUCUUUAGAUUGGGAAUGUCCCAAGUUGGAAGAACGUACACCAUGCAAAAAUUCCACUCUUCUGGAUACCAGUACAGCAGUAGCAAUAGAGAAGGUACCACAGUUUUCAAACCUCUCUGCAAUUUUAGGUAUGUCUUCAGAAGACUAUCAGAAAUGCCAGAGAGAAAUAGUGAUGACAUUAGCAGACCAAAAUAUUACUUCAAAACCAAAGAGUACUUCACAUUCAGAAUCAGAUAAUGCAGCUUGUGAAGUUUUAUUUGCUGAGAAAACUUACCCUUCAGCCCCUGAGAAAACAAAGAAAAAACCAGAAAAAGAUCCUGAACCUAGAAAUACAUAUUUUCAAACAAAGUUAAGGUCUCAUCAUGUAAAAAUCAAGGUUCCUUCAAGUAGAUCAAUUACCAAAGUUCCAUUGUCUCAGCUCCUGGAACCUGCAUUGACAACAAAUUCUAGUAUUCCUGAUAAGAAGAGCAGAGGCCUCUUAACAAGUACACCAUCUUCACAAACUGCUGGUUUAGUGAUUGAUUUGUCCUCAGUGCAAAAAACAUCUUUUGAAGAACUAUUUCCAAAUGUCAGCAAUUAUGUUAAUUCAAAUGAAAUUGUUCCUGUGUCAAAUUUGCAAGAAUGCUCUUCAAAUGAGAUUCCUUCAGAUAUAUCAGAAAUAUGUUGUAUUAUUAGAGCAACACCAGGAACUAGACAAAUGAAAAGUGAAAGUAAUGUUAUUGUAAAGAAGAAGAAAUAUUCCCCACCCAAAGAUAUUCCUCAAGAGAAAAAAUGUGGUGAAAGUAAACCACUAGAGGAGUUCAAAGGAGAUGUGAUAGAGGAGGUGGUGUGGAGAUAUGGCACAGGGAUCUACAAUUUGAAGAAUUCUCAGAGUGAUUCCAAGACGCACUAA